AUGGAAGGCCGCCAGCGACUCAUUUGUCAAGGCUUAGUUUCAACCAAUCCCAGAGUGUCCCGGAAUUUUUUUUGGUCAGGCCUUCCCAGCGGCGCUGCAGAGUCGCCUAGUCGACAGGCAGCCAAAGUGGAAUCCCUUGCCGAACUUCAACCAGCCCCCCUGUACAGCGGCCAGAUAUACCAUCGGCUCCAAGCUGCCAUCACCACUGCGCUGCUUGCGAAGGUCCAGCAGCCUCCACUCCGCGCAACCGGCGCAGCCGACGCAGCCGACGCAGGCGCUGAGCCAGGAGGGCUCCCCGUCGCAUCUGCGGUCCCCGAGGAGGUCAAGGCCGAGACCACCGCUGCCGUCCUUGCCACGAGCUGCGCGGCGGCUGCUCCCGAAGGAGGCCGCCGCAGCCAGGCCAAGACGGAUCGGCCUUGCGUUGCCACCGGCAUCACUGAGUCACUUGCUGUUCCGUCCUUCAAGGAUGACCUUCCUCAUCCGCGGAGGCAAUGCCUGAACAGGAAGUUUGAGUCGGACCUCGAGAGUCGCUUUCGCAACUUCCUCAGGGAUGCGCCCCUCCAGGCCAGCGAAGCGAAGCCCUUUCCGGGCAGCUCGUCCAACGCUGCAUCGCCAGGAGUGGCCUUGGUCAUUGGCCGUGUUGUCGGCGGCAAAGGGAAGCUGCACGACAUCGUGUUGCCGUUGGCAUCGGAGGUGCUCAUGGAGGACGGGCCCGGACACAGCUUCCUGCCGGAUCUCUCUGAGACGCAAGUCUCAAAGUUGCGAGCCUUCUUGGACAGCCGCGUGGUGGCGCACAAGGGAAAGCCGCCGAAUGAACGGCGAUGGGCAAGCGUCAGCCUGGAGCAAAGGAAUGCAGUCUUGCGUAAAUGGAGAUCCGCUGCGACCUUCUAUUGCCCGGGGAGCAGAUGGCACUACCAGCUCAGGUUCCGCGAGCCACAGACAGAAGGAGCUGGCAAAGAUCGGAAGGAAUUCAAUUUGGUCUUUCAGAAGGUGCCUGGUGGCCAAGACCCAACAUGGACGGUGUCUAUCGUUCAAGAAGCAGAAAAGAUCUGGACAGAGGUUCGCAUGAACGAGGCGUUUCUUUUCAGCCAUCGGGACCGAAUGCUUGCGUCGCAGCAGCACUGUUUUAGCCGCCUUUGCAGAGACUUUCGCAGAAACGCGCAAGCAUUGCAGAAGGUCCUGGAGGGCAUUGACCCCCAUUCAUCAGGUGAUGGCGGCAGGAGGCUCUUCUACCCCGGCAUCUUUGACAUGGCCUCUCAGGUUCAAGAGUUCUAUGAUAGACGGACUCGAGGGCAGGUGGAUGCCAAAGGUGUAGAUGCCACGGCCAGACUCAGAAGCUUCAACAACUGCAUCAAAACUCUUCUCCUGGAGAGCUUUGUGGACGACAUGGAUGGAAACCUACGAAUCCUGGACCUUUGCUGCGGCCGAGGGCAGGACCUGAUGAAGUACUCUCGGCAGCAUCGCACCUGCAACGUUGCAUCUUUGGUUUGUGUGGACUUUGUGGCAGAAGCUGUCGCAGAAGCCAGGCGUCGUUACAGCGAGAUGGCGGCAAGAGGUCACAAAGCUGGGCGGCCCGACUUCGCGGCAUCGUUCUACACCGGUGACUGUAGCAGCGCCGAAGUCUUCAACGAAUUGGCUCAGGAUGGUUUUUCAGAGUUUGAUGUCGUCGUGUGCCAGUUUGGCCUCCACUAUCUCUUGGGAGCAGAGGAGGAUGCCACUCGUUUCCUGCAGCGAAUCUUCGCGCUUCUUCGGCCGGGCGGUCGCUUCAUUGCCACGGUGCCUUCGUGUGAGGUACUAGCAGAUUUGUAUGAGCAAGCGACCCCUUUCACUGACAGUGGCAGGAGUCGCGAACGCGAGCUCCAGCAGAGCUUGUUUCAGGUUCGCUUUGAAGGAGAAGCCUGGCGACACUUGGACACUGAAGGGGGUCGGCUGAGCCUGGAUGAGGUCUUCCAAAGUCGCUGGGGUUUGCCCUACCUCUUCUCGCUGAAGGGGGCUGUUUGUGCUGAGGAGUAUCUUCUUCCCUGGGAAGCCUUUGAAAAGCUUGCCGAAUCCACAGGCUUCAGUGUGAUGGCGGAUGCGUCCUUCCCGGAUCUCCUCAGCUUGUUGAAGGACAAGUCAAAGUUCUUCAACGACGUUUUUUCCAAAGACAGAAGAAACGAAAGUAUGAGCUGUGACGAAGAACAAGUCUUCAAGCUGUACAGCGGAUUCGUGCUGGAGCGUCCCGCAGAGGCUGAGCGGAACUUCGCAGGUCCAGCCAAGGCAUCGCAAUACUUGGGUGGUGCCAGAACACCCACACUCGCCGGACUUCGCGCACUUUCCUGUGCCGGUCGACGAAACGUUCCUGGAGGACAAAAGUUGGGAGAUGCUGGGAUCGGAAGCAGUAUCCAGACGAUGCCACCGGUCACGCUGCCGAAGCACAUGGCGCAACCUCCCCCAUUGCCUCCAGUCGACCGUUUGCCGUGUCGAAGCCAGCUCGAGGCUCCGCCAGAGACUUCGGCUCGUGCUCUCAUCCAUGCUCCCCCGCAGAGACACAGCGGCAGGCAGAAGCGCGUCUCUUCAGAACCACCUCUGACCGACCCUCGGCAUGACAGCAAGGCGGACCUGGGUCCAGACAGAGAAUGUGGACUUGAAGGGCUGAGCAGAUCAACCAAGGGUUCCUGCGGCUCCUGCGGCUCGGCCCCCGCGUCUUGCCAGACUUCUCCGCACCAUCGAAGGGCUACAUGUUCAGAGCCCGUGGGCCUACGAAAUCUUGGCAAUACGUGCUUCCUUAACGCUGCUUUGCAGUCCCUGGCGCAUGCUCCUCUCUUCGCUCAGUUCUUCCUUCGGGGGCGAUUUGAAGCAGAUCUCAAUCCGUCCAAUCCGCUGGGCACAGGGGGGGAAGUGGCAUCAGCUUUUGCGCAGCUGCUUCAUAGACUUGUUGCAGAAGGACCGAGCGCCGAGAAGUCACAGUACGCCCAUUCUGCGUUCUCUCCCGAGGCCUUCUACCGCACGCUCUGCAAGCAGGGAGCUUGA